AUGACCAGCGAAGUAGAAAUAAUAGAUUCAAUCAUCCUGGAUCCGCUACCACCAUCAGCAUUUGAUUAUGCUAUUACUGGCACUAGUAGCAGUAGGGUAACUAGUAACAACAACAGCAAAAUCAACAGCAAAAGCAACUACAACAACAACAACAACAACGGCAACAACCGUAAAAGAAGACGAAGUGAAGAAAAUAUUGAUGGUAUUUUAGAUACCUUCAAUGAAAAGGUCAUAAGGCGGAACGUGAUGAAGAGAGCCUUAAGAGUGGGAGACAUAGUAUUGAACAAAUAUUACCAAGUAAAUAGAAUUGAAAGGAAAAAUACCGUGUAUGGCCAGCGACUGAUGCUGGAAUUCGAAAAUACGGUAUUUUUCCUACCGGAAUUUAUGAAAGACUUCUUAACAGAUGAACAAAUUAGCAAGAUCAACGUAGAAUCGGAUAUAGUAAUGAUAUGCCAUCAAAAAGACAAAUACAAAUUGGUAGUAGAACCAGUACAAAGGAUAUAG